AAGGCAGAAGAUGCCAAUGGAGCUGUGAGUAAGUAUCUUGUAGGAAAACUGAAGAUGAAGGAAAAGUGGCUUGGAAUUUGGAAAACCAACCCAGAACUUUUUUUUGUCAAUUCUGAAGAAAUUCCCAUACCUUUUAUUGGGGUGCUUGUCGAGGUAACUUGUAAACUGCCCAGCAAUCCUUCAGCUAAUUUCAAUGUUUCCAUAUCUAUAGCUGAACCUUUUUCCUCUAACAUUGCAAAUAUUCCAAAACAGUUAGUUGAUGAAAUAUUAGAAGAAAUGGACUAUUGUGUGCCCCUGUUAGAAGUAUAUCCUAUUGAGGGACAGGAUAGUGUAGUGUUUGAUAUAGCCAAAGCUUUAGAAAUUGUGAGGUAUGAAUUUUCAAUAUGUUUCUUAUUAUAUUAGGAUGGUGUUAAGUUGAUGUUAAUCUGUUUUAUACUUAAUAUGUUGGUUUUAAAGCUAACAUUUCAUUAAGAUUCAGAUAUUAUGAACAUUUAUUUCAUAACUCUUCAAGUUGGGAAAGAAAUCAGUAACCACCACAGAGCAUAUAAAGUUGGCCCUAACAUCUAUUUUAAAUUUUGGAGAUUUAUUAGCAAUCAACAGUACUGCGAUGGAUAGAUAAACAAUAAAAAAGAAUACUUUACUAGAAUACAGUGCUCUUAAUAUUUUUAAUGAUUUAAUUCUACUAAAUGUUGAUAUUGCUUCUGUUGUGUAUUAUUGAUGGCUACUGUGAACUAGUCACUUCCUUUUUGAACUGUAAUGCAUAAAUUUAAUAAAUAAAAUUAUACACAGUAUUCUAAAUGAAAUCUGAGCAGGGCAGAGUAUAGUAGAAUAAUUUCUACUCAUGAUCUGGAGUCCAUAAUCCUAGUAUUGUACCCAAUUUGCUUAUUUAGAAGCUACAUUACACUGUGGUUCAUGUUUAAUUUGUGGUUUUAUUAGGACACACAGCUCCCUUUCACGUGUACUGCUUCCCGACCUGGUUUCUCUUUUCCUAUACCUAUGCCUUACACUUUCAUACCUAGAUGCAGUUUCUCUCAAUAUCAGAUCUAAAAUGUAAAUCACACCAAGAAAUACUUCCAAGCUAAGAUGUUUUUUUUUAAAGCUUGAUUACAGUAAUACAAUUGUGCAAGUCUGCUUAUGCUUUACCCAUUCCCUUUCUGAAACUGAUAUAAAUUGCUGUAUGUGUAUUCUCUGUCUACCUGCUUCAUUGUUGCAUUUAACCAAUAUUU